CCUUUAACUUUUGGUAAUUUGUUUUUGAGACGCCGUCAUGAUCAGCCGUAACUUUAAGAACGUGCUGGUGGUCUCCAUCAGCUUCCUGUCUCUGUUCACGGCUUACGGAGGCCUGCAGAGUUUACAGAGCAGCCUGAAUGCGGAGGAAGGGAUGGGCGUGGCAUCGCUGAGCGUCAUUUACGCUUCCAUCAUUGUCUCCUCCAUGUUUCUGCCUCCGAUCAUGAUCAAGAAUCUGGGCUGUAAAUGGACCAUUGUUGCCGGAAUGGCUUGCUACGUGUCCUACUCCUUUGGAAAUCUCUACCCUGGGUGGUACACCCUGAUGCCGACCUCAGUGAUCCUGGGUUUGGGUGGCUCUCCUCUCUGGUCAGCAAAAUGCACCUACCUGACCAUCUCUGGGAACCUGCAAGCUGCCCGCGAGGGCAAAAAGGGCUCCGAUAUCAUCAAUCACUACUUUGGCGUCUUCUUUUUCAUCUUUCAGUCGUCUGCCGUGUGGGGAAACCUCAUGUCGUCACUCAUCUUUGGACAAGACCCCAAAGUCGCUGACAUUCCGGAGGCUCAGCUGCAGAUGUGCGGAGCAGCAGACUGCGGUCUGAACAUCACCUCCAACUCCACCUUUUCAAGACCUGAAGAUAAGCUCGUGUGGACACUUGUUGGAUGUUACAUCGGGGUGGGCGUGCUGGCCAUGAUUAUCAUGGCAGUGUUUCUGGAAAAUAUUGACCAGGCUCAGACAAGUGAGUUUCGUGGGAACCGAGAACCGUUCUGGCAAACGUUCUUGGCUACGUUCAGACUGCUGAAGGACUGGAGGCUGGUAACCCUCAUCCCGCUCACCAUGUACAGCGGGUUCGAACAGAGCUUCCUCACCGGAGAGUACACCAAGAACUAUGUGACGUGCGCAUUGGGGAUUCAUUUUGUUGGAUUUGUGAUGAUGUGUUUUGGUGCCUCCAAUUCCGUUUGCUCCUUUUUCUUCGGAAGACUCCCCAGAUACACUGGCAGAGCUGCACUCUUCCUCCUGGCGGCACUGACGAACUUCGCGUGCAUCAUCGCAUUGUUGUUCUGGAGGCCUCAUCCCAACCAGCUGCCCAUCUUCUUUGUGUUUUCCGCUCUGUGGGGACUGGCAGAUGCCAUCUGGCAAACUCAAACCAAUGCUCUGUACGGCGUCCUGUUCCCCAGACACAAAGAAGCUGCCUUCGCCAACUACAGGAUGUGGGAGUCUCUGGGAUUUGUGAUCACCUUCGCCUACAGUACCUUCUUGUGUCUGGAGUACAAACUGUACAUCGUGCUGGCUGUUCUGCUGCUGACCAUCAUCACCUACCCCAUCGUCGAAUACAACGAACACAAGAAUCCCACACCGCCCAUCGAAACUGACAACAGCAAACCCAAGGAGACGAUCAAAGUCGAAGGAGGAAAAAUCAUUUGCCAGAUGGAAUUCUAAAGAAAUUCCAUAGUAUUCAGCUAUGAGUCCAGUAGUUUUUGCACAUCAACUCAUGUAGUAAUAUCAAAAUAAAUAAAAUAAUAAUUACAAUGCUGCAAUCGGACAACAAUCAGUUUGUAUUAAUUAUUGCCAGCCAAUCAAGUUCAAUUACAACAGUAUUAAGAAAAUAAAGCUGGUGCUUAAAAUAAAAAAUGGCAAAUUACUGAAAAAUACUGUAUUUAAGAAAUAAUAAAAAAAUUAACUAAUCUGCUGGAAUGUAAGAAUUUUAUUUAUACUAUUUUAAUGUAGCUUUUUACUGCUCAGUAUUAUGAACAAAUUUUACUGGCAUGAAACAU